UCUAAAUUUGGAAACAGCUAGGGGAAGAUGCUACUUAACACACGAUAACAAUUUGAUAAUCUAUUUAACCCAAAAUAACUGAUAAAAGUAUUUUAAAUAUUUGCCAGUAUAGUAAUAGCUAAAUUAUACAUAACAUGUAUUUAGUCAUUUAUUAAUAAACGGAAAUUGAAUUUAACUUUCAAAUUGUAGGAUUAAAACAAGUGUAUAAUUAUGUUAUUCUUCGCAGGAAUAGUCUGCGCAGCAGUUUUAAUUUUAUUUUUGAUCAUUAUAAAUUUAUACAUGCGAACGCUGGAAGUAAACGACCAAUCAAACCGGCAUAUUUUUAUAACCGGAUGUGACACUGGGUUCGGAUACCUUUUGGCAAGAACAUUAGAUACUAAAGGAGUAAAUGUAAUUGCGGGAUGUCUUACAGAAAAAGGGACACAUGAUGUGAAGCAAGUGACAUCAUCAAGGCUUAAGACGGUUAUAGUGGAUGUGACGGAUAAAGAAUCGGUUAAAAAGGCAUUUGAACGAACUGAACAGCUUGUAGGAGAACGAGGAUUAUGGGGUCUUGUAAACAAUGCUGGCAUAAUGCAGAAUUUCUGUCCAGCUGAAUGGACAACAAUAGAAGAUUUUGAAGCAGAAAGUAAAGUGAACUUGUUUGGAACAGUCUCUGUGACCUUGACCUUCUUGCCAUUGCUACGAAAAUCCAGAGGACGGCUAGUCAAUGUUUGCAGCGUUGUGGCCAACUGGGGCUAUCCUGGAUUAUCAAAUUACGUUGUUUCCAAGGCUGGCGUUAAGAUAUUCACAACUUGCUUACGAAGAGAAUUGUUAAACUCCGGUGUAACAGCACACACAAUAGAGCCCGGCGGUUACAACACGAAUAUUGCAAAUAGAGACAAAUUUCUGGCUAUAAUGAAGAAAGCUUACCUUAAAGCAGAUCCCGAGAAAAAGGUUUACUACGGUGGAAAUAUUUCUUCAUAUCUGAUCAUGACAAUAAAACUCUUUGGCAUUUUCAUCAACAAAAAGCCGCAAAAUGUUGCAGACAGCAUGGUGCAUGCGUUACUGGCAAAAUAUCCAAAGAUGGCUUACUCUGUUGGGUUAGAUGCCGUGCUGGUUUUCGGUUUUCUGUCCUGGCUGCCUGAAUGGUUAGUCGACAAACUUAUAGGAUGGCCAGCACCCUAUGGAAAACUGUGUUCGGAGCUGGAAGAUCUGUCAACCAAAGAAAGCUGAAGAACUCUGAAAGGGGAUAGAAACUAUCGAGAACUUCUUAAUUAAAUAUUCAAAGUUUUGUUUGUCCAUGUUCGAUGGGAAACAAAUAUGUUUUAAAACUGAAAUAGUGUAUUUUAUUAAAGUAACAGGAAAUAUGUUCAAUUCAGCUAUGUUCGGAACGUCUUUCACCGAAUGGACACAUGGUGCAGUACGUAUUUCUACGUAUGGCUAGUGAGGAUUAGGUGUUCACGAGUGACAGACAGUUUGGUCCGAGAUUUAAACAAAUCGUUUUCAAAACAUCGUCGUUAUAUUACAGUAAACAACUGGAAAGCAUAUCCAAAAAUGUGACUAUAAGCAUGGAAAGUACUUAAUUGAUGUAGAAUACAUUCCACGAGUGAAAUGAUUAAGUCUUGACCUCCACUCAAGACACAAAUGCGAUUAAAGUCGAAAAUUUAGGAUCCAUUUAUCAGAGACCUAUUUCAACUACAUCGCGACCAAAUUACUGCAAUUUAAUUAACUCCUUUUAAUACAUGUAAUAAUGCGGUAUGAUUGUGCGUAUUUGGAGUGUUUAAUUUUUUCGGAAUGAGACAGGCGUCUGUGGUGUUCUUAUUUACCCAUGAGCAGCAGACAUGGAUCGUUAAAUAGACAGGGAAUGGUCGAACAUAUUUCCGUUUUUCUUUUUGGAUAAUGCUUGAAAGUGUGUGGACUUGAUGCAUCAGUUGAGCAGUACUUGGUGCGUGUUUCCGUGUGUCACCUUCAAAAUGAAUUUAAUUAGCAAUGGCACCAACGUAUCUCGAGGGGUUCUGCAGAUGUUAUUACAACAUACAAACAUAUGAUAACGCUAGUCUAGCAUAAAACGUGUAAAAACCUAAAGUCGAUUAAUAAAGCGUUCAUUUAUUCUCAGCCUUGUAUAGGGCCGAAAUAUGCUUGCAUUCUGCCAUGGACUGCGCGUAUAUAAAAAUGUCUGUUGUUCUGUUACUCCUGUUAAAACAUACUUUGAAAAAGCGAGUGAUAAGGCGUAAAAAAAUGUUUGUUUCCGGUAACAUGCUAAAAAAAAUGGUAGGUAGGUCGGUCAUUUUUUUUUUUUUUGAUAUUUUUUUAUUAAGUGGGACUUUUCGGAAAUUAUUUUCGUGUCAAAAAAUGAAUACA